UUUCAAGUAUAAUAAAUGGUGGUUAUGGCACUUUUAACCACUCUGCUUUAUGUACUUAUAUUUCUUCUCAUAGAUGGAGUUGAAGAAGAAAAAAUGGAAACUGAGACAGAUGGGCAACAGUCAGAAAAGGUUGAAAGCAAAGGAGAAAGUGAAAUAGAGGAAGGUGAUAAGGUGCAGGAAGGAGAAAAUGAGAGAAAUCCAGAAAAGGAGCAAGACAGUGAAGUCACGUCUGAUACCAAGUCAGAAGAGAAGGAGGCAGAAGAGAACAAGGAAAACGUUGAUGCGUGCAAAGACAAGGAAAGCGACGCUGGAAAGAAGAAAGUGGAACACGAAAUCUCUGAAGGAAAUGUAGCUACAGCUGCAGCUGCUGCUCUUGCCUCAGCUGCCACCAAAGCAAAGCACCUAGCAGCAGUGGAAGAGCGAAAGAUCAAGUCCUUGGUAGCCCUCUUGGUGGAAACACAAAUGAAGAAACUGGAGAUCAAACUUCGUCAUUUUGAAGAGCUGGAAACAAUCAUGGACAGAGAGAAAGAGGCAUUAGAACAGCAGAGGCAGCAGUUGCUGACAGAACGACAGAACUUCCACAUGGAGCAGUUGAAAUAUGCAGAAUUAAGGGCCCGCCAGCAAAUGGAGCAGCAGCACAGUCAGAACACACAACAAUCGCACCAGCAUUCCAGUGGGCCUGGCAUGAACCCACUUGGGGCACCGGGUCAUCCAGGCAUGCUGCCUCAUCAGCAGCCCCCUCCAUACCCUAUGAUGCACCACCAGAUGCCCCCCCCUCAUCCACCACAGCCAGGACAGAUGCCAGGGCCAGGUUCAAUGAUACCUGGGCAGGCCAUGCCAGGCCGGAUGAUGCCAUCUGUGUCAGCCAACAUCCACCCAGCCAGCGGUGGCCCUCCCCCAUCUGGCAUGCCACCAAUGUCAGGAAACGUAAUUGGACCUCGUGUUCCCCUAGCAGCUCCAAAUGGCAUGUAUCCCCCUCCUUCGCAGCAGCCGCCACCACCCGCUGAUGGGGUGACUCCACCUACCGCGGGAGCAGCACCGGCCCCAGCAGCUCCCUAACUCAUCCAGCAACAACCAACGUCUAGAUCUGAUCCCUAGAACCAAGAUAGUGGCGACCAAAAAUGGAUUUCCUCAGUUUCCUUCUGUUCCUUUCAGGGGGAGGUUGGUCUCCUGUCAGCCUGCCCGCCCCUCGUCCCCUCUCACCGACUUCACAGUCUGGCAUUAUUUGGUUGUACUCCUUUGGGGAGCACUUACGCUGAACACAUUGAGCAGUAGUCAUCUUACCUUCCUGUUGCUGGCAGGACGUCCUUCACACAUUUGCCUGUUUUACCCUAUGGAACGAGUGCUCUGCGCUGGUUUUCCUUUAUCCUGCUGCUUCUGCUGCUUAAUCUUUGGAUUCGCAUUAGAGACAGGGAGGGGCUUUUGGGUUGGAGGCAUAACUGGAUAUUAGGAUGUAGUAGGUGGUGUUUCCAUCCAUAGUCUCUGAGGUGUAAUCUAGGCAAGGCAUCAAGAGGACAUAGAGCAAACCAGUGGCUUGAGCACAUCAGGGAGAGUGAGGGAGGAGUUCUCCUUCCACUGCCUUGGAGCGGAAGCUUCGUUAAUUCUGACCAUAUUCAUUACAGGUAGAUAAUCAUUAAGGGCAAUAGCUGAGCCCCAAGGCUGCCUUGCUAACUUAUUAAAGAAAAUAUUGAUCCGAUGUGAAUAGAGCCAGGAGUGAAUCAGUUAGAAUCAAACCGCUCUGAGCUUUAUUGCUCCAGUUUAUAUUUUAUUUUGUGUUUAAUUGGAAGGAGGGGAAGUUUGUAGUCGAAUCCUCUUCCUUCUGGGUAGUUCGGUACAGUAGCCAACUGAGGAAUAAAACAAAUUUUAGUCCCUCUCUUUUUGGAGCAUAUACUUUUUUCUUUUAAAAUUGAACUUAAAACAAAACAAAAAAAGUAGAUAGCAAUGAAGUGCUAGUGUAUGGGAUUGGGUUGGGAUGGCUGGGGGUGUGAACGCCAGAACUACCUCUUGCAGACAGCCGGGGUGGGCAGAAUUCAGCGAACGUGGUACUUUUUCUUUCUGGACUGGGAUUGGAGGUGGGAGAACCCUCGCUCCUCUGUUCACACUUCACCCUCCACUUGCUGAGCUUUAUCAUUCCAUUCUUUGUAGGGCAGAGGGGGAACAGGUUUGGCAGUUGACUCCAAGCACGCUCCAUGAUUCGGGGCGAUUGAGAAGGCCAACACAAUGCCACUAAUAUGGACUGAGUUUGUACUGCCAAAUGCUGUUCCUUGCCCUCAUCAUUAGUGACUGCAUGGUUCACAUCCUCUGUGUGAUUCAGAUCCUCUCCUUCCAGAGCGAGCUUUCUGACAAGCGUCCUCACCAACGCACUUAGGAUCAUUCAGGGGUGGAUCUCCGUAAUCAGGAGUGUAAGAUGGGCUGUUUGUUUUAAAGCUUGACCACAGCUAUUUCACUAGUGGGGGUAUAGGAUCUGAAACCCACUGAGCUAUUUCAUAAAGUAAAACAAAUACAGAUUUGCCUUGAAGAGCACUCAAGUGCUUGAUGCCUCAAAAUGUUAAUAGUUGAACUUUCCAGACCCUGAGAAUUUGCGUACAUAUGUGAAGUAACCAUUUUUGGGCUGUCUGCACAUCAACUCCAUGCUCAUACAAUUGUACUUGCCCUUGUUACUUCCAGUGUAUAGGAAUAACACUUUCCCAUUGUCAAGCUCUAAGAAUCUGCAGUGCCUAGCAAAGAACGGUCAGGGCCUCCCCUCCCCCCACCUUUCAUAAAAGAAAUCCAUUCCACAUGUUACCUUUCCCUCCAGGGUCUUUGGAGCGAGCAUGGAAUUCUGGUUCAGGCCAUAGUCCAGUUUAGAAUAACCUCAGGUUGUUUUUAGUGUGAUCAAUUUCAAAUUUAAAGGAUCCAGAUGGAGACUAUUUUUUACUGUAUUAGUGAUGAUCCUACAAAGUACCUGAAUUCUUAACGCUGUUGUGUUUCUGUAUAAAUACACGUGGCGACUUUUUCAUCUGAUCCUCUGUAUAGGGCCGGUUUUAUUCCUGCAACACAGCCACCCAAUUUUGUGAAAUAAAAAAACAUGUUUUUUGUA